AUGGAAGCCAAAAAGUCCAACAAGAUCAGAGAGAUCGUUAAGCUUCAACAGAUCCUCAAGAAAUGGCGGAAACAAGCAAAUGCAUCAAAAGCAGCCAGCAAUAACAAGAACAACCAAGACCACAACAUUAGCAGCAAUGGCGGUGGAAACAAGAGCAUCAAGUUUCUGAAGAGGGCACUAUCAUUUACAGAUGCAACAGCUGUGCCUAAAGGGUAUCUAGCUGUCUCGGUCGGGUUAGAGAAGAAGAGGUACACAAUACCAACAGAGUACCUUAGCCACCAAGCUUUCCAUGUUCUUCUACGUGAGGCAGAAGAAGAGUUUGGGUUUCAACAAGCCGGUGUUUUGAGGAUUCCGUGUGAGGUUGCAGUUUUCGAGACCAUAUUGAAGAUAAUGGAGGAGAAGAACGAAGGGUACCUGGUGAUGACAACAACAGCUAAACAGGAAUGCAGGUUAAAUGCAGCAGCAGACGACAUGGUGACUUACCGCCAUCCAUCGGAUUGUCCUCCGACUCCUUCGUACCAACCUCACAGCCCAAUGUGCAGAUAG